AUGGUGGAGAGGGAGCAGAAAAACUGGGGAGAAGGAAUGGCGGACCGGGAGAUGGACGCCUGGGAAGCUGAGCACAGGCGUCAGCAAGCUUUGUCCAAUAGUCCGGAAGAUCAAUAUAAUCAACAUAUUACCAAUCACUCAAAUUCGCCUAACAUGUCCCCUACAUGUACAUCCGGUACUAACACUAGGACUAACGCUGACGCCAACGGUGCUGCCAACGCUGACAAUGGUUUCGUUGGCAGCACAAAUAACUUUUCGGUUCCUCCUUCAAUUCCCAAGUCUUUUCAACAAGCUCAGGCCCCAUCUCAACAAUCUGCCAGGCCUCAAGUGCCAUUCAGGGCCAAACCCAACCCGCCUUCUCAUAAGCCAGCACGUCCUUCUGUUCGUUCUAUUUCCCCUCCACUAAAGGAGGCCCCCAUUAAGGAGGGACAGGAGGAGCAGACCUACAAAGCGUGGAAGUCGAUACCUCUUUUUCGCCAAUCUGGGUCUUCUUCUUCUUCUGGUUCUUCUGCCUCCUCUCCAGCUGUGCGUGAGCCGACGCUCCCACCGCUUCCGAGGCAUGCGAAGGCGAAGUGGCAGGGCGGGGCGAGGAUUGGAGAAUGA